CACUGAACUCCACCAAUGACAUCAGACCAAGCGUGAGGUGCAAGCUGUCCUGUCUAUCUCCUUAUCUAUUCACUGCCUGGACACCCAUUCAACUCUUUCUCAUCACACAUCUUGCUUAGAAUGCAUACAGAGGGGAACAUGCACACUAAAGAGAAUUCAUGCUGCUGCUCGUUUGAGGACUGUAAGCUGACGACGGACUGGCUGCUGAGCCGGACACGGCACCGGCCCAAGAUCGCCGUGGUGUGUGGCUCGGGACUCGGCCUCCUGGCCGACGACGUCACCAACAAACAGACCUUCAGUUACGAGGACAUCCCCAACUUUCCCGUCAGCACAGUUCCCGGUCAUGAGGGGCGUCUGGUCUUUGGCCAUGUGAAUGAUAAGGCCUGUGUCUUCAUGCAGGGCCGAGUUCAUCUUUACGAGGGCUACUCGUUGUGUAAGGUCACUUUCCCGGUGCGGAUCUUCAAGCUGAUGGGAGUGGAGACCAUCAUUGUGACAAAUGCCUCAGGAGGCCUGUGUGAGGACUUCAAAGUGGGAGACAUUAUGCUCAUUAAGGACCACAUUAACUUACCUGGCUUUGCUGGACAGCACCCACUGUGUGGCCCCAAUGAUGAACGGUUUGGGAUUCGAUUCCCAUGUAUGUCGGAUGCCUACAGUAAAGACCUGCGGAAGCUGGCCAUGUCGGUGAGUAGUGACCUGGGCUACUCUAACUUCAUGCGGGAGGGCGUCUACUGCAUGGUAAGCGGGCCCAACUUUGAGACCAUCGCAGAGGCCCGCAUGCUGCACGUCCUGGGAAGUGACUCAGUCGGCAUGAGCACGGUUCCCGAGGUGACGGUGGCCAAACACUGUGGCCUGCGAGCGCUCGGUAUCUCGCUUAUCACCAACAAGGUGUCGCUGGACUACAGUCGCGAGGAGAAGGCCAACCAUGAGGAGGUCCUGGAGACCGGGCGCAUGCGGGCCGAGAUGCUGCAGAAGCUGCUCCAGAACCUCAUCACCCGCUACGACCAGCUCGACAGCAACCAGGUGGAGACACUCAAUGGCCACUAGGGAAACCUGAGAGUCUCCCAGUCACUAAACCAGUGUUUUUCAACCUUUUUUGUGCAACGUCACACUUUUGACACUUAAAUUGUCCCACGGCACACUAACAUCCUGUGCGAAGAAAAAAAUACA